GAAAAAGGUGGGAAGACCGAAGAAGGAGUAAAGAACACUCCGAAACUCGUACAGCUCCGAGAGGGAAAGAUAAGCGAACUUCGACACAGGCGGCCAUGGCUUCGUGCCGUGAAACUCUGCUCUCUUCUUCAAUCCUCGACCAUCUUCCUUCCCUCUCACCCGCUUAUAUCCGGUUCUCCUCAGCAUCUUCUCCUUAUCCCAUUUCAUCAUUUCUUCCACUGGGUUCCCGUUUCUCGACACCGACUGCCCAUGUCGCUGGGUUCAGACCGGCGCACCACCUUUGUUCCUACCUCUCAAUCGAAAGAGGAGGUCGAAGAAAACAUGUUUGCAGAGCAGGGGAGUACAAAUUUCCUGACCCAAUUCCCGAAUUUGCAGAUGCUGAGACUGAAAAAUUCAGAACCCAUCUCGCUACGAAGCUCUCUAAGAAAGAGGCGUUCGGAGACUCACUUGAUGACGUUGUGACAAUCUGCACUGAGAUAUUGAGUACCUUCCUACACAGUGAAUAUGGAGGUCCAGGCACACUUCUUGUGGAACCCUUCAUCGACAUGGCCGAUACCAUCAAUGAGCGUGGAUUGCCGGGAGGACCUCAGGCAGCACGAGUUGCUGUGAAAUGGGCCCAAGAUCACGUCGACAAGGAUUGGAAGGAAUGGACUGGUGUAGCAGUUAGCAGCAAGUGACAACAGCUUCAGUUUGUUGACGGAGAAAUCAAUUUUCAUUACUUAGCGUGCAGAAGUGAAGUUUUGUGAUUUACUGGGGAGCCCCAGAAAUGGUAUCUUGUUUCCAUGAGAGGGGAACGGGGGAACCCUAAUGGGGGAGAUGUAGCCGUAUCUUUAUUUGAUCGAACUAGAAAGCUUUUCAGUGUUUUCCUUGGUAGCACUUGGAUUCCCUCAUUUGAUGCAAGAGAAUAGGCUACUUAUAGCCAGCAUACUUCCAUCAUUUUUAGUUCAACUCCUGAAAAUGUGCUUAAAUCAACCACUACGUAUAAUAUGUAAACCGUGACGUUCAAACACUGUUCUAAUGCCAACUGUAAUGUUCGCAAGGUCUUGGGCUAGGGUUGGAUAGGGGAGUUGUACAAAAUGGUUAGAGAGACCACUCCUUUGUUGAAGGGCUUUUCACAAUCACAACCCUGGUGCUACUAGCAAAAUUUCUUCUAGUAUAGAAUCUUGCUUGUAUAGAGUAGUUGGGAGCUUAGG